UGUAUCGAUUACAUUGGAACUGAAUAGAUUGAAAGUUUUACAAUUAUUUAUUAUUAUUAAUGUUUAAUAAAUAUUAAUAGAUUAUAAAAUUUAGUAUAAGAAAUGUAUAUUUUGUAUAUUUUUAAAUUAUUUCAAAGCAAUAUUUGAAACGUCACGCGAUUCAGAAAUAAUCAAUAAGCGGCGUGCACCUGUUUAUGAUUACAAUGAAAAAUGAUUUUGUCAAGAUCAAAACCAGCCUCGUCAGAAGGAACAAGAAAAUCUGUACCGCGUACUAAUGUACCAAAGUUAGAAGAAUUUUUGGAAAAACGUGAUUACAUUGGUGCUUUAACUCUUUUAGAAUUUAACAGUACCUCUGGUAGUAACGUAGAAUCUGAAUUAUGGAUGGGUUAUUGCGCCUUUCAUCUUGGAGAUUAUAAGCGAGCUUUAACUAUCUAUCAAAAUCUAAAAAAGAAAGAUAAUAUUCUAGCAGAUCUAAUUACAAACUUAGCAUGUUGUUAUUUUUAUCUUGGCAUGUAUCCGGAAGCACACCAAUGUUUGGAAGAAGCACCUAAUAGUAAAUUGAAGACAAGACUUUUAUUUCAUUUAGCACACAAAAUGGGCAAUGAAGCAAAGUUGCUGGAGUAUCAUCAAAUGUUACACGAUGUUUUAGAAGAUCAACUUAGUUUGGCAUCCAUACAUUAUCUUAGAGCACAUUAUCAGGAAGCUAUUGAUGUUUAUAAACGGAUAUUACUUGAUAACAGAGAUUAUGUAGCUUUAAACGUAUAUGUAGCAUUAUGCUAUUACAAGUUAGAUUAUUACGAUGUUGCACAAGAAGUUCUACAAGUGUACUUGCAAAAAUUUCCAGAUAGUGCAAUUGCAAUCAAUUUAAAAGCUUGUAAUCAUUUUCGUUUGUAUAAUGGAAAUGCUGCGCAAGCCGAAAUGAAACAACUUAUAGGAAAGAUAUCAAGUUCUUUUAGUUUUGGUCAUGAUCUUAUUCGUCAUAACACUGUUGUAUUUCGUAAUGGAGAAGGAGCCUUACAAAUUUUACCUAAUUUAGUAGAUGUUAUACCAGAAGCUCGACUUAAUUUGGUAAUAUAUUAUUUAAAGCAAGAUGAUAUAAAGGAAGCAUAUGAGUUUAUUAAAGAUCUUGAACCUGCUGUUCCACAAGAAUAUAUUUUGAAGGGCAUAGUAAAUGCUGUAAUGGGUCAGGAAACUGGAUCCCGUGAUAAUAUAAAAACCGCUCAACAAUAUUUUCAAUUGGUUGGUUCUUCUGCAUCAGAAUGUGAUACCAUACCUGGUAGACAGUGUAUGGCAUCUUGUUUUUUUCUAUACCGUCAAUUCGAAGAAGUUCUGGUUUAUUUAAAUUCGAUCAAAACUUACUUUUCUAACGAAGAUAAUUUUAAUUUUAAUUAUGCACAAGCACAAUCUGCAGCAGGUUAUUUCAAAGAAGCGGAAGAAGCUUUUUUGAUGAUACAUAAUGAAAAAUACAAAAAUGAUUAUAUUUACAUCAGUCUUCUAUCUUAUUGUUAUAUUAUGAAUAAAAAAGCAGAACUUGCAUGGGAGUUAUAUUUAAAAAUGGAUACAUCAUCAGAGUCAUUUAAUUUAUUGCAAAUGAUUGCAAAUACUUGUUACAAAGUAGGUGAAUUUUGGUAUGCUGCUAAAGCAUUUGAUAUGUUAGAACGUAUGGAUCCUAGUCCAGAACACUGGGAAGGUAAACGUGGAGCUUGUUGCGGUACAUUUCAAUAUAUCGUUGCAGAAAAGCAACCAAAAGAUCUACUUUCUGAAGUAAUUCUUUUACUCAGGAAUACGUCUAAUUCCCAAGUGGAACAAAUUAUUCGUGUUAUGCGUAAAUGGGGUAAAGAUAAUCGGAUCAACUGUUAAUGCUGUAAUGUAUAAUGGUUUGAUAAUCAAUUCCGUCCAUUAAUAGUCUUGUUUCCUAUUUGAUUGCGGUAUACUAUAUUGGUACAAUAUAUAUAUACUAUAUAUUAAUAAAUAAUUUCUUUCAUAUUUUAUAAAAAUAUCGUUAAUUUGUAAUAAUACAAUGCAACAGUAAUGGGACCAAUAUGAAUGUUCAAAAAAUGUUGUUAACCUGUUAUGAAACAAUACUGCUUCUGUGGUUGCUGAUUUAAUAUAAAAUAGAUAUA